AUGCCAUCGGCUGGGACGGACUCGACCAUCGACGGACUCCUCCGCAGUCUGAACGACCGGCCGAAUGUGGACGCCACGCUGAUUCUUUCGCGCAAAGAUGGAUCGAUCAUCAAGUCUGCAGGAUUCGCGGUCGCACAACAGCGACAGAGAGCUCUGACAUCCGGCCCCGAGCCUCCUAGCGAUCAGACCAAAACGCAGGAAGAUGGUGGUAGCGAAGAGCAGGUGAAAGCUACACCCGCGGAAGAGCUGGCCGUCUCUGUGUUUCAGUUCAUGACAGCUGCUGGUUCUCUCGGUUCGACUCUGGCUGCAGUCUCCGCUGGACAAGGCCGUGGAAAUGGGUCGUUUCAGCAAGAGCGCGGCUCAAACAAAUCACAACCCGGAGACGAUGAGCCGCCUGAUGCGAAUACGGAGUCUGCGGACGCACAAGUUCAACUGCUGCGACUUAGAAUAAAACACAAAGAAAUCAUCAUCUUCCCUGACCCUCAGUACAUCUGCUGUGUUGUUCAGCGAGUUGGCAAACAGGCUGCGACAGAGAGCCGUUGA